AUGUCACAGACCGUUGAAGCCUUUCCUGCAACUAUCGCCUACCAUCUGGACACUGAUGAGCUAGCCAGUCAAUACGAGGCGACAAGCGGCAAAGCCCAGUACCAGACAGGAAUUGUUCUUUUACGUGAACUGUCCGUCAAUCCAGGAGUCUGCGUUCUUGAUAUCGGAUGCGGCACUGGGCUUCUGGCAGCUCAUAUCGCCUCUCUCGCUGUUCCUCAUGGGCGGGUUGUUGGGAUUGACCCGCUUACCAAGCGCAUCGAUCUUGCGCGCAAGAAAAUCAGCCCCGACUUGGAGGAUACUUUGUUUUUCGAAUAUGGUGUUGCUCAAGACCUUUCCAGAUUCGGGAGUGAGAGUUUUGAUGUCGUUGUUAUGAACUCAGUCAUGCCUUGGUUAACACAAGAACAACAACUUGAAACCCUUCGAGAAGUGUUUCGCGUACUGAAGCCCGGUGGUCGUCUAGGUGUCGCAGGCGGAUCUGGAGAUCACCCCAACUAUUUCUACGAAAUUAGGAGGCGAAUACUAUCCAAAGACCCCUAUCGGAUUUAUUAUCCUGACAUCACUAUCGGGGCUCCCAAAAGGAUUGCUGCGGAUGCCCUAACCAUUUUGACUAGAGAGGCGGGGUUUUCGUCAAGCAGGGUAUGGUUCGAUUCUAGUGCGCUUGUGGUGCAAACCAAGGAGGAACUAUUGCAAAUGGCGACAUCAAGCUCCUUCGGCAAUUACGUGGGAAAGCUGCCCAGCGAAAGACAGCUGGCUGCGCAGGAAGAGAUCAUGCGUGAAUUCGAGCAGUACCAUAAGGGAGGACACUUCGAGAUACCCAUAACUACUCUCAUCGCGGUGAUAUAUAAAUAG